GUAGUGACCGUUGUACGUAACAGACGUCUAUGUGUGCGCCCUCACUCAUGGCAGCGGACUAUGACGGCUCGUAGAUUUGACAGCUAGCUCAAUGCGGGUACAGACGUACAUUAACCAGUAAUUUCGUGUAACAAAGUUGACAGUUCACGUGCUAAAACAAAAUAAAACACUUUAGUCCAAUAUGGUCUUUCGUAUUUCGCGCGCUAUUCGUCUUAUAUUAUGAUACAAAUUCGAUCGAAUUGUGUUAUUUCCGUUUGUAUUUACUUAUCAUGUUCGCAAUUAGAUACGCUUCGGGAAUCAUUCUUAGGGACUUCGGUAUGAAUAAAAUAUUACCCGCGGUUUGGUGGUCCCAAGUUGGUGCAACAUCAACAAUUAAUAUAUUGUGUAAGAAAAAUUCUUAUGACUUAUUCGACUUGGGUCAUUAUGGUAGGAAAUAGGUGAAACAACAAGUGUGUGAAACUUUGUGAUGUGAUAGAAUACUGACAGAAAACUUUAUUUUUAGUGGAACUUAUGUUAUUUUAAUGUGUGGUUUCUUUGGAAUUUUAUGGAAUAAUCCGAUUUAUCGAGAUUCUGAUGAGGAGACACCGUCCGUCUGCAGCCCGUGAUAGUUCAGCCUCGAUUGCUGCUGUGUAGUGAAUGGAAUCCGAAGUGUUUUUGUGGUGAAAGGAAUUCAGUGUUAGUGUCGGCCCUGGUGGCCGAGAAUCUGCGACGGAAGAUUCGGACGCGAGCCUCGCGGGCUCCGGCCCCGCCAUGAGUGCUAACAACUGCGACAGCAUGACAUAUUUCUCUAACGCCUACAUGCCAGAUAUGAGAAACGGCGGAGGUCAUGACCACCAACAGGCGCAUGCGCAUUACGGUGCCGUGCCACAACAAGGCCACGAGAUGGACGGCUGCGACCAGCAGCUCAGGCCAGCGCAGCACCAUUACCCCGCGCAACCGGCGCCCGGCAUGCCCUAUCCUCGAUUUCCCCCAUACGAUCGAUUGGGGUAUUACCAACAAAUGGAACAAAACGGCUACCGACCUGAUAGUCCGUCACAAAUGGGCCAUAUGGGUCCGAAAACGGAUGGCUAUGGACCGAACGGUCACCAGCCACCGACGCCAGCGGUGUAUACGUCGUGUAAGCUCCAAGCAGCGGCGGCAACCGCGGGGGGAGUUCCCGGGAGUCCGCCUUUAGAACAAGCACAGCAAAUGCCACAUCAUAUGCAUCCUCAACAACAUAUGGUGCAGCAUGCAGUGCCGCCGCACCAGCAACACCUCAUGUAUCCUGUAGACGACAUGCAGCAUCAGACGCAGAUGCCCCCGAUGCACCAGCAGUCCAUGCAUGCGCAGCAAGCGCCCCCGCAGCAGCCUCCGCCCAACACCAACGCCUCCCUACCCAGCCCGCUGUACCCGUGGAUGAGAAGUCAGUUCGAACGGAAGCGGGGAAGGCAGACAUACACGCGGUAUCAAACGCUCGAGUUGGAGAAAGAGUUCCAUUUCAAUCGCUACCUGACGCGAAGGAGACGGAUUGAGAUCGCUCACGCGCUGUGUCUCACAGAGAGGCAGAUCAAGAUCUGGUUCCAGAACAGACGCAUGAAGUGGAAGAAGGAGAAUAAGACCAAAGGGGAGCCAGGAUCUGGUGAUGAGCCAGACAACAUGAGUCCACCCACAUCUCCUCAGUAACAUCAUAAUACGUUCAGUUCGUUUCAGGUUACAAGUCGGCGUUAGUGCUCAUUUAUUUUCGUACAUAAAAUAUUUUGCGUGCUACUGAAAACUCCGAAACGCUCUGGAGAUACAAGAACAGUUUCAUUUUGUAUAAAUUGUACGUUGGACUUUUCAAUAUUACACUAUAAACUUAAUACGUAACUUAGUGACUUGACAUAAAGGAUAGUGUGAUGAAGAGAUUUUUACAAUUGUUAAGUAUAAAUUAAUUUAUAGAACAAUCUCAAUACCAAUAUUUACCAAAAAAGCAGUGUGUUAUGCUGCAACUUUAUGUGAUUUCAUUAUUUAUGUAAACGGAAAAACAUGUUUGAAAAUAGAGAUGAAUGAAUUAUUGAUUUGAACUUUAUUGGUCGUUUUAAUGCUUGAUUAUAGAUCAAAUGAGAUGUUUACUUCUUCACUAGCCGACUCGACAGACAAUAAUACUGUUUUUUAUGAAUUUGUCAAUAAUAUUUCGUUAAAAUUUGCUCCCUGUUGUUAUAAUGAAAUUGUUUCACAGCAGAACUAUCAAACCGUGCGUCAAUAAAUUCUCUCAUAGAAAAUAUGGCAACACAAAACAAAUAUUGGAAAUAAAACUAAUUAUGGGUCCCAAAUAGAAAUAAAAACUAUCCUAUCUAUCAAGUUGGACAAAAUGCACUCCAUGAAGUAAUACCCAUUAAAAUCCAUUCAUUAGUUUAGGAGUUCAUUGGAAACAAACAUCAAGACACUAGAUUUAUAUAUAUUAAGAUAUAUUUCACAAUUUUAUGUUCAAGAUGGUAGUCAUAUUAUUAAUUAUUUAGUUCAUAAAAUUACAAUUUAAAAUGAAGGAAAUGAACAAAUAUUUCAUUGAUGGAACUAAUUUCACGUAAUCUUGUAUCUGUACCUUGCAGAAUUUAGCUUAUUAUUUUAUUUGAAUUUAUUUAAUUUUAAUGGAUUUUUGAAAUAACAUUUGCGUUUAUAAACAAGCAUUAAAAGUGAAUCCACGAUUGGCAAAUAUAGAUUCGAUGAGAAUUAACAAAACCAUAAGGACCUCUUAUAAGAAACCAUUGAUAAGAAGGCGAUUAAUAUCGAUAUUGUUAUUAUUUAAUAUAUUUGAAGUUUUAUUUCUAAUUAAGCUAUCGAAAUACUAUUCUGUACAUAUAAAAUUAUAAUUUUAGAAUUUAUGAGUAUGUACAAUUGUUUUAGUGUGAAUAUUUGAUAUUAACGGUAAGUUUUCGUUUUAGUUUCGAAGCGAUUAUUUAUUAAGUGAAUCUUCUCUGAUUUUUAUUCUUACUUCUUAGUGGAAGGCCAGUGUUACAGUGCAAUGUAUACGAUUUUUCGACAACACAUAUACGUAAUGAUAGCAUAUUAAUGUGUAACGAAAUUUAUAUUGAUGUAAUUUUUUAAGAAUGCGACCCAUUGGUACGAAAAGUCCCGCAUUUCGAUCAAAAAUAUUAAAAUACCGAACAGAGAAAUUCACUGAAGGUUGUAAUAUUAAAGUGGGAAGUUACCUUCACUCUGUUGAAACAGAGAGCGAACUUAUUCUUUCAUAAUGUUAACGGAAGUAGGUACGUGGACAUGUUCACUGUAUACCAAAGUUAGAAAAUAAACUUGGUUCUCAAAGUCCUUUUAACGAAGGUGCAGGUGUAGGUCAGAAGUCUUGGAGACAUAGUAAAUGGUAUUUUUAUAAAAUCAUUGCCUAAAAAACCGAUAUACGUAAAUGAUCGUACAUAAUAUUUACUUAUAAUAGCCUAAACACAUAGUCGGAUUUGGUACGGCCGGACUAUAGGACGGUGCGGGCGCCGAGCACGAAUUGGUCCGGCGUCGUACUGGGUACGGUCCGGAUCAUAAUAAUAAUAAUUUUGUGCGAUAGAAAUUUAAUAUGGUCCGAUGAUUCGGUCGUACCAAAUCCGAUCAUGUGUUUAGGCUGCAACACGAUAGUUUAACGAGUAGGUAUUAUUUAAGUGUGGCAGUGCAUCAGGAUAUCGAUAUACGGAUUCUUUAACAUUUUGUACAUUACUUUCUUCUCUACAAUAGUUUGUAACUAGUAAAUUGUCACUAAUAUCUCAGUGACUCUGUUUUGUACUUUUAAUUUGUGCUGUGUUCGUUAAGUAAAUGUAAAUUUUAUGAACUGUACAUUGUCAAUAUUUACACAAUAUUUAUUUAUUGAUUCGCUUAACUAUACUUAGUUGUACUUGAAUUUGGUAAAGUAACAACGGCAGGGAUUUUGUAUUGUUUAAUAUUAUUUGCUCAAAUGUUUUAAUUUUGGAUUAAGUUAAAAAAGCUUUUACAGAAUAAUAUUCGAAACGGUUUAUAUACUUAGGUAUAUUGAAACAAUAAUUGUUAUUUAAAGGUAAAGAAAAGAUCCCUUGCCAGAUGAAUAUAUAAAAUUGGUUUCAUAAAAUUAAUAAUUUCUUACAUUAGGUUUAAAAAUUAGGUUCUUUCAAAGUAGUCCUACAGACACAGAACUUAAAAGAGUCUGUUAAUAAAUUCUAUUCGGAUUUUAUUUACCAUUGUGUCCUGUCAUUCGAAAUUUAUUGAAAUAUUACUAUAAUUAGUGAUUUAAUAAGGUUAGGCGAGACGAUAUUGUCAUAAAUAUAUAAAUACAUGAAAUAAAUAAAGCAUAAUGAUUGUAAAA